GAUACAGAUGCGAGAGAUGCGAAGGCAGAAGAAAGCAUGAGGUAACCACGAAUAGCCGGUUUGGCAGUUGUUUGGCCGAAGGUCUUCAGUUAACCUGCAUUAAUGUAUCCUAAGCAGCGAAAUAAUGGAUUUCAUCCGCUCUUAAAAAAACGUGGGGACGCUGCCACUUUAGCUGCGUUGUUCGUAGUUGCGUUUUCAGGAGUCAUCCUUUUCAACGUUGCCUGUGCCUCCGUAGAGCAACUGCGUUCUCAUAUCUUUGGAGUUGCCCUUUUAACCCUAAGUUUAGAACUCGGCGAGGUAGUGAGAAGACUGUGUCUCGUGAUCGAGGAAAUUCAACACAAGCAAACUCGAUACGAAGGAAGCUGGAUGAGGGUUCUUUAUUCCUCUUUCGAUUUUAGGAAUGGCGGCACUAUUGUGGUCCUUGGCACUGUGUCCUUUCUGGUAGUGUCUGUUGUUUUGUACCUAGAUUGUGACACUUUUUGUCGGGCAGAAUAUGCGGUUUUUUUCUUUGUAAACUGCUUCGUGGCACCUCAGCUGUUGUUUCUUUUUGGUUUCCGAGAUCUUUCUAGAGUGGAAGUAUCGCAGAUCAUCGAGAAGGAAAACAAAAAUGUGGCCGCUGGUCUAGCCUGGAGCUACUACUUUGGUUACUUGAAGCUGGUGUUACCACAUCUUGAAGGGCUGAUCGGAAAAUCAGAUUACAAGUACAAGAUUGCAAAGAAAAAGCUUUUCAUAUUGCUUCCCAAAAACUGCUACGCGUACAGUAGAAUUUCGGACGCAGACCCGAGAAUAAGAUAUGCAGGGAAUCUCCCUUCACUUGACAUUAACAGAGGUGGGAUAUUGCAGCGAUCCUAUAAACACCCUGUACACCGAAUAGAGAUGCCACGCCCAGAUGGAGAGAUUGAUAAUUAUUAUGUGGUUCUGGAGUAUGCCACACCGCUGAUGUCCCUGUACGAUAUGUCUGAAAACCCAGAGUGUGGUAUGAGUCGAGAAGAGCGGGAUGAACAGGUAACUUUUAGCCUUAAUCCAUAAAUGCUUAUGAGUGACUCUUAAGAAAAAAAUUUGAUCUUUUGGUGUUGACCAAUAUGUCGGUUGACAUAUCAGUCAACAUAUCAGCUGAGUGUCAGUCCUGUAUCAGUCAAUUGUUGGUCGAGUAUCCAUCAAGGAUCAACAGAUUGUUCUGGGCAACUGACCUCAUUCUGGGCCGACCUCAGGUCAAAAACCAUUCUCGGUUUGUUCGCUUUUUAAGAAACUGUCCUCAGGUCAAAAACCAUGCUCUGUUUGACUUACGUUCUCUGUGUAACUGUGCUCGGUUUGACCAACUGAUGUCAGGUCAAAGACUGACCUCGGUUUGCGUUAUCUCUGUCAACUGUCCUCGAUUUGUUACCCACCACGACAUCAGCAAACUUCUGUAAUCAUACCAAGGUCAGUUUUGUGUCAAUGGAUGGUGUUGGAAGGCAGCGCUUAAACCGGGCGCUUAAAUCUCUCUUCACUUUCACUCUUCUCAUUAUCAGAACUAAACAAGGCAUUUGACACAAACAAAUACAACUGAUUUUUCUUCCACAACAAGUAAGUACAAACUCAGUUCAACUUACAUGUAUCCUCAGCUCACAACAUUCUUUUAUGAGAGAUUGUUGCAAGCUCUUUCUUCCUCGGCCCCUUGUGGCAACCGUCCCUCACCCAGAUAGGAAAGAUUGCUUCCAAAAUUGACCCUGUUACAUUUUAUAACAGGAGAAUGACAAUAAUUUUUGCAAUUUCUAGUUGGAUCAGAUUAGUCAUGUAAGUAACAGAUCUCCACUAACAUGUGAGCAGAGCCCCAUUGCUAAGAAAAUUUGGUAAUCUAUCCGUCAGAGAAAUUUUGGCAUCGGCAUACAACCCCCCAUCUGUACAGACAAAGGGAAUCAGGAGUCACCCCGACUGGAGGGGAAUACAUGUAUGUUGUAUUUUCUUGGCACGAAAACAAGCAAUGCGUUGGGGCAACUCACAUUUUUCUUGGCCGGGGAAAUCAUAUGGCCACGUUGUGGUGAAUUGACAGCUGUCAAGACAGGAUAUUCACUGACCAGUAUCACAUGAUCGUAUCACGGGCUUAGAUGUCGACCCACUGGGUUUGUGGUUGUUUUAAGUUAUCAAAACUGUCACUUAUUAAAACAACUACAAAUUUGCAUAAAUUCAAAACAACUUUGUUUUGCUGUCAAUUGUAGUGGUCACCAAACUAUUGCUGUAAGAAUUAAGACUUAGCUUGCUUAAAAACCACUGAGCAAACUGUUGCAAUCAAAGGAAAUUUUCAAAUAUGGACAUGCAUGGAAACUUGUGUGAAAAAAACAUGUUUUCUAAUUUGACAAGGUGGAAAAUACCAUAAUAUUCUGCAAAUUCCCAUUUGGGUGGUGCUUCAUCUGAACUUCAAUUUUUUCCAAACUUUUUGUGUUCUCUGCACAAUUUGCAGGUGCAAUGCAUCAGAUUUUUUAUAAAUUUCCAGACACUACAUUUGCAUUUCAUGGAAAGAAUAAAAGAUACUGCAAAAGUCAGGUUUAUAUGUGAAGUACCACCCACACGGCAGUUUAAAGAAAAAUGGUAUUUUCCUCUUUGACCAAUAACAAUAAUAAUUUGCACAUUAAUGCAAAACUCGACUACCAGGCAUAGUAGUUUUGCAAGUACAUGGUUUUUGACAGAUAUUCAAUCUUUCUUUGCAUGUGACUUGGCAUUUACUUGUUUACAUACUGCUUGAACCUGUAUAGCCAGGUUUUUUGGUGGGGAGGUGUGAUCCAACAAGGAGAUUAGGUUGUCAUAGACUGCAUUGCGAGCUUUUUGAAUAACGUGGUUAUUUCUCAAACUUUUAAAAUUCAAAAAUUAUUCUUUUUUCAAAGAGAGCACUUUGUUUUACAAUAAUGUCAAAGUCACUAUUUAAAAAGAAAAAAUGAAUAGAAAGAAAGAUCUAAAGAUGUAAAUCUUUAUUACUUAUUUCCUCAAAUAAUAGCUGGGGGUGAUUAAUCCUUUUCUCGCAUCAAAAGAGGGCGAUUAUUUGAGGGAAGGCGAUUAUUCAAGGGAGGCGAUUAUUUCAAAUAUUGCUCACUGGAAGUCAUGCUCUAAAUAUUUUGUUAUAUUAAAAGCCUUUUUGUUUCCUUUUUAAAAUGAGCAAAUGUCAGCUUUUAUUCAUUUUUUGUUCAUUUUCAUUUCAUUCAUUUGUUUGGGUUGUGAACCCAUUCACACGUGCGCCACACCUUGUAGAGCUGAAAGGGUGUAGCACUUUGUCGUUUUAAAUCAAAACACGCACAAUGCCUUGUAGGUCUUCUAACUCCUUCUUAGUCCAUGCUUUUUGCUGCCGGGCAUCAGCCGGCAACAGACCAUUAUUCUUGAUCCAUUUGAGAUUUUUGGUUCCAUGGUUCCAUGCUCAUCUGUGACUGCAGCACUGUGCAGUCAGCGGUUUGCUUAGCUGCCGCGUCUGUUUUUCUCUUAGGAGCAACCCGCCAUUUUGUUUUGCUCUCAUGUAAGAUCUGUGCAGAAAUCGUAGUUUAUCGGAUGCUUGCUGUCUUUUUAAACGGCCUAAAUGGUAAGAACAGUUCAAGACGUAUUGUACGGAACAUUUUUUCGGUUAAUUUUGUUUAUUCAGGUUUCAAGAUUAGUUAUAGCGAGUAUUCUUUUGUGACACAGAUUGUUAUCUCGGUAAUCAGGAUUGUAAGUUACAUAAGUGAACAGCAUGUGCUGUACAUCUACAAACUGUCUUCGCAACUAACGGCAGCACUUCCCUUCUCAAUGAGAACUUCUAGUACUAUACUUUGUGUAGGUUGUUUAGAUUCCUAAACAGUCUUCUAUUUGCUUUACCCUUUGUUCACCUAUCUAAACUGCAACGUCUCCAGAAUGCCCUGGGGGGGUACUCCCAUACAUUACCUAUACUGGUAUGUGCCGCCCAACGGGGGCGUGAUUUUCAAGCUCCUGAUUUAGAACGGGGUGUCCAUUUCAGAGGCGUUUUCUAGAAUGGGGUAUAAAAAAUUGUGGAUCACGGCUUUAUCUUCUGCUUAAAAUUGUCGCUGAUUAUGAAGAAGCAUUUAUUUGAUGUAUAAGUCGAACAAAUAAAGAAAUAUCUUUAUAAAAAAACAGGGCUAUUUCAAUUUACAAGCUUUCUAGAAUGGAGUAUAAAAAAUUGGCCCAUUUCUAGAAAGGAGUAUCAGUUUUAGGGCGAAUUCUAGAACAGGGUAUCAAUUUCAGGGGAAUUUUUUUUAGAUUGGGGUGCCAAUUUGGAGUCCCGGGCGGCACAUACCCACCCAAAAAUACCCAAGUGCCCCCUCCGGGCCAGAAUGCAGCUGCUAGGAUUCUAAUGUACCUCACUACAGUUACAUAACACCUGUACUAUGUUCAUUAAGUUGGUUUGUUGUCAAAAUUCAUAUUGAUUUUAAAAUAGUUCUUCUUACUCUUAAAGCUAUCUAUGGUCAGGCACCUAAAAGAACAGCCGCGCUACAGUCUCCAUUCAGCUAAAGAUCUUAUCAUAAAAUGUCUUAGUUUAAAACUGAAAAAGACUCUAAGGGAUCAUACCUUUUUAUCUGCAACCCCUAACUUAAUUAUGGAUUGAUCUACCCCUUCACGUCCAUGGUGGGGACAAUUUUUAAUAUUUUUAAAAAUCUUAACUUCAAAUGCAUCUUUUUAGACUUGCUUUUGAUGUGUAUUGUUUUUAACCUAUUAGGUAAUGUAUUAACUGUUCUGUUUACAUUUCUAGGUUUAUUUACUUUGUAUCUUUAAAAUUUACUUAUAUUUGUUUUUAAACGUUUCAGCAUGAUUGUAAUGCACUUUUGAUCAUGUUUUAAUCAUUAUUAUUAUUGUUAUUGUUGAAAAGGCAAUUGUAUAAUUUUAUCUAUUUUCAACAUUAUUUUGGAACUUAGAAAAAAAGGCUUAAUCUAGACUUUGCUCACAUUUUCCUCAAAAUGUUUUUGUUUUGACAGGUACUGCUGUUUAUCUGCAAAUUAAGAGAAAUUUUGGACAGUUGUAAAGACUGUAGAGGAAAAUAUAAAUUAGUGCCAAUCUCAGGAGCGGGGUGGGAGAUUGCUGAUGCGUUGGUAGGCAUUCAUCAUAUACAUGGAUGGUAAAGGUGGGCUAAAGAUUUUCGAAAUGCUGCCCAAGUAAUACUGAGGAACAGUGAUGCCCUAGAGCUAUGUUACUAUUUUCUUUUUUAAUAAAAGAAACCAUGUAAAGAUUAUUAAUUUUAAUAUGAUUUACUACUCGCUGAUAGUUCGCCUCUCAGUAGAUAUGUAAAUGUUACCUAAGAUCAGCAGUGUCUUAGUUUAAGCCUAAACCCACCAUAUUUUAAAGUAAGAGGUAGGUAUUCUUAAAUUAUGAUGGGCACUUACUUCUCAAUAAGAUUUUUCACUUCAUGACUUAAGAUUUUACAAGCGUCUUAAAUUAACAUCCUUUGAAAUAGUUUUUCAAAAAAGUCACUCAGUUUGCUCCCGUUCA